AUGGAUAGAAACGAUUCGAUUGAUGUAGAUGACUUCCAUCUCUCCUUGGCUGAAAUAGCAAAGAAAGAAAGAGAAAGAAAACAUCAACAACAAUAUACAAGUACUAGUAGUAGUCGAGGUAGCAAUAGUGAUAGGAAAAGAAAGGAAGUAGAGGAGAAUACAUAUGAUAUAAGGGAUCCUCAAUCAUCACCACCACAACAUACUACUACUAGUACUAGUACAACUUCAACAACUUCAACAACUUCAACUUCAUCUUCAACUAGAACAAAGAAAUCAAAGAAACCAAUACCAACAUCUGAUGAAGAGUUUUAUUUCAAUGAAAGUAUAGAUGAUGAUCAAAUUUGUUUAACUGGAUGGAAUGAUCAUUCAAAAUCGACAACAAAUAGAACAAACAAUUAUAAUGGUACAUCUUCAUCAUCAUCAAAAACAUCAUCAUCAUCAUCAUCAUCAUCAAAGACGACAACAUCUUUGUGGGAGAAUGAAGAUAUACAAGAUGAACCAGACGAUGAUGAUGAUGAUGAUGAUCUCGAUCAACUAGUUGCAAAUGAAUUUGAAUCAGCCAAGGAUAGAAAAAAAAGGAACAAAUGGAGAGGGCAAAAGAAAAGGAAAAAGAGUAAUGAAUUUGGAGACCUAGAUGAUGAUAUAGAUAACAUUGAUAUGGAUAACAACAACGAUUCAUCUAUUAAAACAAAAGGAAGAAAACGAUCACCAACAUUGGAUGCUACCAAAAAAGUAAAAGCACCAAAAAAGAAAACUAAAAAGGAUGCAUUAAAGGAAAUGAGUUUGGUAUUUGACGAAAAUCUACAUUGUCUGUCAGAAACACAAGACCUUUUAACCUAUAUUCCACAAGAAAUAAAGGUUUGUCAAGAAACUUUAAGAAUACAAUUUUCAAUCAUUUGGAAAAGACAAUUAGAUAAUGGAACAAAUAAACCAGAGGAUUAUAUAAUAUUAAAAUAUCCAGCUGAUAUUUUCUAUGAAUAUGUUGAAAAGAGUCAAUUGGUAGAGAAAAUAGCAGAAUUAACAAAUAGCAAUAGAGAUAAACGAUUUAUAUUAUUCAUUGAAGGAUUGGAUCCAUUCCUAAGAAAAAAAUCACAAGCCAUUGAAUCAAAUAUGAAAAAUGGUAAUAGGCAAACUGUUGGUACUCAUGUUACAAAACAAGAAAUUGAAAGAUUAUUAAUUAAACUAAGAAUUGAAUAUAAAAUGAUGAUUUAUCAACCAUCAAAUAGAUUAGAAUUUGCAUCAUUAUUGACAAAGUUGACAGAGACAUUGGCAUUUUUACCAUACAAAGAAGCUACGAAUGAAUUGUUUGAAGGGUUUUGUGCAGAGGCGAUCAAGAAAAAAGGAAAACAACCAGCUGAAAUUUGGUUGUAUCAAUUGUCAAUGGUUCAUGGUAUUUCUAGUAAUAUAGCAAGAUGUAUCGUUGCCAAAUAUCCAACCUUUAUUUCACUGUAUCGUGCCUAUGAAAAAUUAAAAGAUGAAAAUGAUCGAGAGACUAUGCUUUCCAAUCUAAAGAUUGAAUCAACCAAUGCCAACACUACCAAGACUCAAAAGAAUCUUGGUCCACAUUUAUCAUCUAAAAUUCAUAGAUUCAUUUGUUCAAAUGAUCCAAAUACUUUAAUUUAA